GUCGCAGCUCCAGGCUGAGCGGUGGUGUCGUGGGUUUAUUCCCUCCCUCGUUCCUCACCUGCUUACGCAGUCCCCUGCUUGGCAUUCUGGACGGGGAAGCCCGCUGGUGAGCAGCGUGGACAGGGUCCCUCCCAUCCCGGGUCUUACAGCCUGAAAGCCACAGACCCAAUGUAGAGCAGUGCCACUCAGCGAUGAGUGUGCUGGAAGACGUGACAGGAAGAGGCCACGGUGCGACAGCCAGUUAGAGAAGCUCUCCGUGACGAGCUGAUUUGGAGCGGAGCCACGAAGCUUAGAGUGGGUUGUGGAAAUUUUGGAGAAAGGCAGAGGGGACAGCGAGCCGCCUCAGGAAAGCAGCAGGUAGGAGCGCUCCCCGCAGCCUGGCCGCCGUGCCAAUCCCACUCCUCCGCCCGGCCGCAGCCCUGCGCUCCUGCUGCCUGGCAGCUGACUCCUGGCCUCGCCUGCACACGCCCCAGGCAGCACUCGACAGCCACAUCCGUCCUCACCUCGCUGUCCGCAGCCAUGAACUUCCUCAGGCGACGUCUGUCAGACAGCAGCUUUGUGGCCAACCUGCCCAAUGGCUACAUGCCGGACCUGCAGCGCCCCGACAGCUCCACCAGCUCCCCGGCAUCCCCGGCCACGGAGAGGAGGCACACGCAGCCCCUGGCCGCCUCCUUCUCCUCCCCAGGAUCCAGCCUCUUCGGUUCCUUCACUGGUGCCAUGAAGCCGUCUGCAUCUGCCCAGGCCCCUGCGGGGCCCACGGAGCCUGCAGGGCCCGCCACACCCGUGGUCCAGAGGCCCCGGGUCCUGUUGGUGAUCGAUGAUGCCCACACCGACUGGGCAAAGUAUUUCUGUGGAAAGAAGCUGAACGGAGAAAUUGAGAUCCGAGUGGAACAGGCGGAGUUCUCCGAGCUGAACCUGGCCGCCUACGUCACGGGGGGCUGCAUGGUGGACAUGCAGGCGGUGAGGAACGGCACCAAGGUAGUGAGGUCCUUCAAGCCAGACUUCCUUCUGGUCCGCCAGCACGCCUACAGCAUGGCGCUGGGGGAGGACUACCGCAGCCUGGUCAUCGGCCUGCAAUACGGGGGGCUGCCUGCCGUCAACUCGCUCUACUCCAUCUACAACUUCUGCAGCAAGCCCUGGGUGUUCUCCCAGCUCAUCAAGAUCUUCCACACCCUGGGCCCAGAGAAGUUCCCGCUGGUGGAGCAGACGUUUUUCCCCAACCACAAGCCAAUGGUCGCCGCCCCGCACUUCCCCGUGGUGGUCAAGCUGGGACACGCCCACGCGGGCAUGGGAAAGAUCAAAGUGGAGAACCAGCUCGAUUACCAGGACAUCACCAGCGUGGUGGCCAUGGCCAAGACCUACGCCACCACCGAGGCCUUCAUCGACUCCAAGUACGACAUCCGCGUCCAGAAGAUCGGCUCCAACUACAAGGCCUACAUGAGGACAUCCAUUUCGGGGAACUGGAAGGCCAACACAGGCUCGGCCAUGCUGGAGCAGGUGGCCAUGACGGAGCGGUACCGGCUGUGGGUGGACAGCUGCUCGGAAAUGUUUGGCGGCCUGGACAUCUGUGCGGUGAAGGCCGUGCACAGCAAGGAUGGCAGAGACUUCAUCAUCGAGGUCAUGGACAGCUCGAUGCCCCUGAUCGGGGAGCACGUGGAGGAUGACCGGCAGCUGAUGGCCGACCUCGUGGUGUCCAAGAUGAACCAGCUCCUGGUGCCAGGGGCCGCGGUGCCCUCCACCCUGAGGCCCUGGGCUCCCCAGACUAAGCCAGCAAAGUCCCCAGGCCAAGGCCAGCUGGGACCUCAGCUGGGACAGCCCCAGCCGCGCCCGUCACCACAAGGGGGCCCUCGCCAGGCUCAGUCUCCUCAGACCCCCAGAUCUGGAAGCCCCUCCCAACAGCGGCUCUCCCCACAGGGCCAGCAGCCGCUGAGCCCCCAGCCCGGGUCCCCCCAGCCGCAGAGGUCCCCGGGCUCUCCGCAGCUGGCCCGGGCUUCGGGGGGCACCUCCCCGAGCCAGGCCUCCAAGCCAGGCGCCACCCUCCCGUCCCAGCCCCGGCUGCCUGCUCAGAGCCGCAGCACCUCCCAGCAGGGAGAGGACCCCAAGAAGACAGCGCCGCCCCACCCCCACCUCAACAAAUCCCAGUCCUUGACCAACAGCCUCAGCACGUCGGACGCCUCCCCGCAUGGGACCCCGAGUGAGGACGAGGCCAAGGCCGAGACCAUCCGCAACCUGAGGAAGUCCUUCGCCAGCCUGUUCUCGGACUAGCUCGCCCCGGGCGGAGCACCAGGGGCCACCGGCACACGGGACCCUCCAGCCUCAGCCUCCUCCUGAGCUUCAUACUUCCAAAUGCCUUGACCCAGGAGCUGGCCUCUACUGUGUUCCCCUUGUCCGCAGCCGAGCCAUCCCAUCGCCAUCUGAGCCAGGGCGGUGACACCCUCCACCUGCCAGCCAGGCGCAGCUGCCCGCCCACCCUGGAGUCUGCCCUUCCUGUCACCCCACAAGACGCCUCGUAAGCCCUGCUGUGCAGCCAUGCUCCCCCAGCCAGUGCCAGGCUCUCCAACUCGGAGGGGCCGCUCUGAAGUGUUCUCCCACCGAGGGGGAGGCCAGCCAGUGGGCAACUGCCCCAGCCAUGCUGCCGAGGCCUCCUCGCGGGACGGGCAAGCCACGGCCCAUGGCGGGGUCCUGAGGUCAACAGGAAGCAGGAGGACCCCACGGCACACGGGGGCCUCUGAGAACCAUAGGAUGGGGUCACGCCAUUAUGCCACGCACCCCAGGAUGUCCCCCUAACCAGACGCCACGGGCAGACCCAGGUCCUGGUUGGAUCCAGCAGCUCCCAGUGGGGCUCAGUGGGGCCCCUGCCCUCCUCCUCCAGCCCUGCUUCCCCUUCCAGCCAGAGCGACACAGAGGACCAGCACAGGGGCAGGGACUUCCGGCCGCGCAGCAAGGUGUGGGUGACUCAGUCUCCAGAGGUCCCAGGCAGUGCACCACAGGAGGCGGCUGGACAGACGUCCCCAGGCCGAGACCUGGAUGCGCAGGCGCGCUGCAGGCCUGGGGCCCAGCCCGCCUCCUUUCCCAGGGCCCCCAGCCCGUCCAGAAAGCACCCUGCAAUCAGGGCUGCCCCAGGCCACCAACACCUGGUGCUAGAAACGCUGCAGAUGGCGGAAGCAGCCGCCCGGUGCCAACAGGAGUCAGGACCUUGUCACCACCGUGUUCUCCCGACAGCCAGCUUGGCAACACCAGAUCUGUCACCCUGCACUGCUCUGCAAUGGCGGGAGGAGGGCCACUCUGGGCUGUCCAGGGCCAGAGGCAUAAUCUGCUUGAGACCGGAGCAAGGUCCAGGACGUAAGCCAGUUGCCACCUUUUUGGUCCUCCCUGUCCAUGGAGGGCAAGCUCAGGCCCGCACUGCAGUCUCCUUGAGCCAGACCUCGAGACCCUGCCCCCAAGCUGGCGUCCCCAGCUGCUGGCGCGGCACGGUGCUUCCUGUGUGCUUUCUCCUCAGGCCUGUGCUGCUUUAGACUCUGGUUCUGCACCCCGUAACAGCGCUGGUGUAUGGAGAUGGAGAGGUCCAGCUGCUGGUGACCGCCGGGAGCCCCACCAAGGCAGCUGGGUCUCAGCGGCACCUCAUUGCUUUGCUCAGCCUCUGCACCACAGCCAGCCAGGAGCAGCCCGGUCCCUGGCAGUCAGGAACGACCUGCAGCUUGGCAGAGCUGAACUGAGGCUCCACAAACAAUGGACACAGGGCCAAAAUGCCCCACUUUCCUGUAUUUCAUUCGUCUCUCGUCCCUAAAAGGUCGGGCACCCAGGAAUCUCACCACUACCCUGGCUGCAGGAGCACAGGCUCCUUCCCAGCCCACAGCCUCACACAGACGGCUCCAGAUGUGUGGCUGACGCAGCUUGGCCACCACACCGGUCACCCUGCACGGGGCUGACAGCGCACGGUCCCACAGAGGCCACAGGUCCCCACGCAGACCGCUGCUCCCCGGGAGGGACAGGCUGUGCUCCUCCACAACUGUCACCUUUAACAGCUGGGACAUGUGGAUAUGGGAAAGGGCACAGAAGGAAGGGCAGGGAGGUCGCUGUAGCCUCUGAAAGGUUGCGAUUGUGUUUUUUUGCUUUGUUUUUCAACUUUUUUCAACCCCAAAAAACAAAAGAAAGGCUAGCAUUUUCCUCCGCGCCUACUCGGUGUGACAGAAAGAUGACAAAGCCCCAUUGAGCCCAGGGAUUGUGCACAAAACAGGGAUUCAGUGACGGAGGGGCGGGGCAGAACAGACUACAGAAUGGAAGGGGCACAGAGGUGGCCUCGAGGUGCCCAGAGAACACACACCUGGGAGGCUGGGAGCCUGGAGGGUCACCACAGCCAUCGAGGACAGCCAAGGCCACCUCCAGGACUGCACCGUGAAGGUCAGAUCAGGGGACAGAAGGCAGCCGUCCACUUCACCCAGUACACUGGAGCUUCCCAGCAGUCCCCGCUUCAGCUGCAGGACAUAAGGGGUCCUUUCGGGACCCGCCCACCCGCACCACGUGCUGACCGUUCCCCUCGAGCUCGGCUCACUGUGGUCAGCAUUUAGGAUUCAUGCAAGUGUGCGAGGUCCUCACAGGCUGGUUAAGUCAGACUUGCAGGUUCUGGUGAACCUCACUGUCACACAAGAUGAGCAUCUCUCCCGGAGCCCUGACCCCAGGCCCAGAGGGAAGGCUGCUGGUCACUCACUGGCCUGCUGAGUGUCCUCGCUAUCCUAGACCCCUCAAUGGCCACCGAUCGAAGACUUCAGGGUAAUGCAGAUGCCAAGAGGGAGCAGCACCCUAGCUGGCCUGGAGGCAAACCAGGAGGCUGGGUGACAGGCGCGGCAAACGGACAGAGGCUCCGGGCGUUUCCAGAGAUGUGGACACUCGUGUGCGCAGGUCCCGACGCGCAGGCUGAGGAAGGUGACUGUCAGGGCCUCGGCCUCCAGGGUCUGGAGGUACUGCUUAGGGACCCCGCUCCACCGCCACAACGCUUCCCCAAGAACAUCUGUAAGCCGUCAGGGUCCCACAGGCCUUGCAUUACUGUCACACUGUCCCUCCUGCUGACCCCCCCCACGCACACACCCCCAUCCCGCAGUCUGCUGGCUCUGCAGCAGGGGCAGUCAACCCUUCCCUGCCGCUCAGGCUCAGUGAACACCGUACCCGCCUCACGUGGAACAGCAAGAGCCAGUGCCACCACCUGCCCCGGGCCCGCGAGACACUGGCACCCAGUGACGAGCGUCCUGUGCUCCAUCCCCCACACUGUGGCCCCCCAGUCUACUGCUGCACAGCUGUGCCCACAGUGGGGGGCAGGCAGGCCUGGGAGCACAGGCCCAAGGUCCAGCUCCAAGACCUGGCAAGAACCAGGUGGAGUCAGACAGAACAGGUUUCAGGUUUCCACACGGAGCCAGGCAGAGGGCAGCACGCCUGCCGGGAUCUCUAACCACGCUGGGCGCGGUGGGGAGCAGGGCCCUGGCUGAAAGUAACUACGGAGGCGCUCGAGGGCCGGGGGGCGGGGGGCGGAGGCCCAGAGUGCGGAGCUGCACCUCCCGACUGCCCACCCGGCCGGCUGCCCGGCUCGGUGCUGUCACUGUGUGCAGAGGCAGGCUCGAGACCGCAACAUCACCGACCAGACACCAGCAGCGCACGGGGCCACGGCUCGGCCCCAUGACGGCAAUGUCGGAGUUUACAAGCUGCAAAGCAUAAAUUCUCCAGGAGGCAAACCUGGAGGGCGGCUUUAGGAGGCUGUAAUAAGCUGCCAGAAGGGUCACACCGAGCUGUCCUGAAGCCUGGUGAGGUCUGCCAGGCCAGAGGCAAUGAAGCAGCGGCCACGCCCAGACGCCAGCACCAGCAGCCCCAGGAGCCCCAGCAGCCGCCGCGUCCUGCACACUCGGCUCGGUGCUUCCGGUCAUCACACACACGUCUCGUCCACACUGCAGGGCCACACAGGCAUCGGAGGGCCGGAGCGCCCUGGACGGCCAGCUGCAGGGCGGCCUCCCAGCCCUGCCCACAGGAAGCCCCAUGGCCCGCAGGGGACACAGCGCAGGGACUGCGGGUGCACAGGGGGGCACCGGCGGGACCCUCGCCUGUACUCAAUGCGGGUGACCCAGCUCCCCGGUCACGGUCACGCUGGCUGAGUUCUCACUGCGUGGAAGCUUCACCUGCAGACAGCUCAGGCAGCCCAGCAGCGGCAGCUCUCCAAGCCAUUUCCUUACACGCAGAACCCGACAGGCCACCCCACAGGUACCUCUGCAGACACGCGCAGCGCUCACCCGCGCUGAGUCGGGGGUUCAUUUGUCACAACAGCAUGUUUCUGUAGUAGUCUGUAUGAUGUCACUUUGUGUUUGGCCUUUUUCUUAUCAAAAAAUAAACCUUGAAUUUUGGGUGAA